CAAAGUUAACAGCCCAUUAGAACUGAAACGAUAGCGUUUUAAUAGAGCUACUCUGCGUUAGUCUCUCAGAUCGAGUCUUCUUCGUUUCGGCUUUAAUUUCGGCAAGUGCCCGACGUCGCUGGGCUCAGCUCGUUGGUCAUCAUCGUAUAGAAGCUUGCUCGUAGCUCCUAGCUCUCUGGUAUAUAAGAUGGUGCGGAAACAGUUUCAACAGGCUAAAACGGGAAUUGAGGCCUUGAAGUCAAUGGAUGCCAACAAGUACCUGAAGAAGGUUGGAUUAGGGCGUGACGAUAUGUUCUUUUGGAAGCAAGUGGGAAAGGCAUUGCUAUGCACCUACACAAUCUUUGGCAUGGCGUGGGUUUACAAUGAAACGUCUCCUUUAGGCUGGUGGACGUUGAAGCCGAGACCAAAGGAGGAGAGAGAGUUGGCACAUCUGUAUGAGCGGCGUGAGUUUCCUUAUCCAGGUGAUACAGAGGCCAUGGAGGAUUUUGUUGCAAAGGGAGGAAUGAUCGGCACAGCCAUUGGGCCUAAAGGGAUUGUUGAAUCCGAAGGUGAAGCAGAUAAUUACCAGAAAGAGAUGGAGAAGAAGAAGUUUGAGAAAGAGGCUCAGAAACUGUGGCUGAGAAUGAGGAAUGAGGUCAUGACUGAACUUCAAGAGAAAGGGUAUGAUCUUGAGUAAGGUGGUGCAAAAGAGUUGUGAUUAAAAAAAAACUUGUGUAACUUAGGCUGUGUAUCGGUUUAGAUUGAAGAUUCGACCAUUCGUACAAGUGUUUCUACCGACGUGUCCUUUUGAAAUUGUAGAGGAAAGUACAAAACUUUGUUACAUGACCGAUUUCUGUUCUUGGUUCCAUCGAUGUUCUUGCUCUUGGGAUUUGGGUAGUAGCUCUUGUCCUUUAUUGUUGGCUUGAUUCAUCUUUUGGCUUAAACGAUUUGGAAUGUAACUUGAUACGUUAUGCACCCAUCAAAGUUACCCAAUAUCUCGAGUUUGAAAUUAUCGGUUUUUCAAGUCUAGUUGCUGUUGAAUUUGAUCAGAG